AUGUCGCAGGCGCCCACCGUUCAAUCGUCCAUUGCGGAGGUCUGGUAUCUCAAGGAGAUCAAGUUCAAUGGCAAGCCAUAUUCGAUAAUCACUCAGAACUUCAACGGGCCAUGUUCGUUCAUUGCUAUCUGCAACAUCCUCAUCCUCAGAGGAAACAUCGAAAUUCAACCCCCGUCUCGGAAGACUGUAUCCUACGAAUUCCUCUCGAACCUAGUUGCUGAAUACCUCCUUCUCACCUCACCCGACGUCGAUGUCUCCGCUGCGCUGACUGUUAUGCCAGUCACCCAGAAGGGCAUGGACCUAAAUCCCCUGUUCACCUCCUCUACCUCCUUCCACCCCUCGAGUCCGUCAAACGGGGGCGGUGAAUUAAAGCUCUUCGAACACGUCGGCAUCCCCCUCGUGCACGGCUGGCUGGUUGAUCCCGAUAGCCCCGAGGGUCCGGUGAUGAAACGCGUGAAAGACUAUGAUGCUGCCGUACAGCUCAUCGCGGAGGCCGAUCACCUUACACAAGGCCGUUUCGUGCUGCCUGACGAGGCCUGGGGGGUGACAGAACCGCAAGCUGGCCCUUCCUCUGGGUCUAGCGUGGCGAGCCCAGCGAAACACUUUGGCGAGGAGGACAAGAGGAAGGUUGAAGACGCUAUUGUCGUCCGCCAGUUCCUCGACUCAUCACAAUCACAGCUGACCUAUUAUGGCCUGUUCCACCUGGCAACGUCUCUCCCACCCAAUACUCUCUGUGCCCUCUUCCGAAAUUCCCAUCUUGCUGUCUUGUAUAAGCACUCUCCGUCGCCAACAGAAGACUCGGCGUUGUAUACGCUGGUGACGGACCAUGUGUUCCUCAACGAGACGGCUGUCGUAUGGGAACCACUCGAGGACGUUGAGGGCGGCUCAUCCUUCGUCGACUCGGAUUUCGUCAGAUCUAGUCCCGCCGGAGGUGAUUUUGCCGGGCAGACGGCCGAGGAAAUGAUCCGGGCAAUGGAAGGUCAGCUCGGGAAGGUUGACCCUAGGGACUACCAGCUGGCACAGCAGAUCGCGGCAGAGGAAGAGUGGCGCGUGCGUCAGGAGCGGUCGUAUAGGCUGCAGAAGAGGCAGUUCGACAUGAUUCAGAGGCAGCAGCAGAUAGAGGAGGAGAAGAAGGCGAGAAAGGCAAAGAAGAAGGGAGAUUGUGUUAUUAUGUAG